UGCAUUUGCUGCUUGCAUACUCCAAUCCAAAACGAAAAUCGCCAUAGCAGAUCGAAAUCUAUGCUUUUGCGUAAGGAACAAUGAUCUCAUUCAGUUUCUAACCCAAUCAAACACACAAACAUCAACUCCCGAAAACCUCUCUCAUCGGAACCUGCAAAAUCCCAAAAACAACAAAAAAAAAACUAAAUGGACGACAAAUCACAGUCCAAGAAUAAGAAGAACGACGACGACCAAGUUUCGCAACAACAAAAACACGAAGAAGACCCUAAACCGCCAGUCGCCGGCGGCGGCGGUGGAGGCGGAGAUUGGGGUGGAUGGGGCUUUUCGCCUCUCUCGUUUAUCUCGGAUCUUCAAAAGGCCGCCGCUGUCGCCGCCGAAGAGAUAUCUCGCAAUGCUGCUGCAGUUGCACAGACAGCAUCAAAGAGCAUUGCCGAGUUGCAAAACAGUGCUGAAGAUUCAGAACCUUCCAAAGAGGAUGAAGGGGCUGAAGCUGACAAGGAAAGUGAAGAUGAGGAAGAUGACAAACUGCGAACAUCUGCUCUGGACAAACUGGAGAAAGCUAGUGAAGAAUCACUGCUUAGCCAGGGUUUGAAGGUUUUUGAUAAUUCUGUGGAGACUUUUGCUUCUGGAGCAUGGAAUGCUUUAGGAAGUGCAUUUAGAGGGGGCACUGGUUUAGUUCACAGGCUCGAGAAUUCAGCUUCAAACCUUGCAGGAUCUGCACAGCAUGAUGGGCCUGGAGCUGCAGGUUCUAAUGCACCUUCUCUAUUAGAGACUGGAAAAGCUUUUACUGCAAAGGGAAUGCAAGUGCUUGAAUAUGUGGGUAAGGAGACGAUGGACCUAUUAAUCAGUGAAACUGGAAUAGAGGUUGAGAAGGCUAAAAAAGAGGGUGAGGAACAAAAUGAUGAGGAUCAAUUAUUGGAGGAAGUGACAUUUGAUCGAUGCUUUUACAUUUAUGGAGGUCCAGAGCAGUUGGAGGAACUGGAGGCUUUGUCUAGUCAUUAUGCCUUGUUAUUUAACCGAAGAAAAGCAAAGCUAUCAGCAGAACAAAAGUCUGUAUAUGAUGGGAAGCUUAAAGAGGUCCAACAAAUUUUUAAUUUGAGUACUGAAAUUGAUAGAAGCAGUGCUGAUUCAAACAAAGGAAAGACAAUAGAGAGAGGAAACGAGGGCAGUGGUGAUGAGAUGAAGAAUUUGCAUGAUUCAAGUGUUGGGAAGGCUGCUGAAAUGGCUGCAGGUUUCACGAACGCCUUGGCUGGACUAGCUGCAAACGAUAUAAUUCAGAGAACUGCUGCAAGAUUAGAAUCUCUUCAUUCUGAGGGAGUUCAUAGACUAUCUGAAAUGUGCUGUUUUGCGGUGUCUCAACUUCUAAUGUUGGGCAAAUCCAUCAUUUCUCGUGCCAACAAAAGUGAGGAUGAAGAAGCCGAUGACAAUAAGGCGAACAUAGAGUGGCCUGAAGAUGUUUCUGCAAAAGCUAAGAUCAUAAGAAUAAAUGCCCAAACAAUGAUAGGAUAUGUGGAAGCAGUUUCCAACAGUUUUAUUACAGGCAUAUCUGAUGUGACUGAGGCCUAUCAAGCUGCCAUUAAAGGUGUUGCUGCUGAGUCUCACACAGUUGUUCCCCAGACUUCAGUCCAGGAAAAAGCCAGUGCCUUCUCUGAACACCUUCGAGAUGAUCAAACAACAGCGAUUAGCAAAAUCCAGGAUGGGAUGCAAUUUUUAGCUCACGUUGUCCUUUCAACCUCUAUGAAUGCUGCUUGAACACCCAUGUUUCUAUUUGUAAAUAGUCACGGUUUAAUUCGAUAAGUGAUACUCCUCAACUAUGUGUAGUUUACUACGACCGUACCCCGAUGAUUGAACUGGGGCAGAUCUGUCCUGUUUAAUUGAUCACUGCAGCCUUUUUCAUUCUUUAAUUUCUUAAAUAACUCUGUAAUAUAUAAAAGGAUUUAGAU